AUGACCGCACUCGACGAAUGUCACGCCCGAGGCUUCCUCUACAAGGCCACCGGCGGCUGCAACGAGAUCAAACGGGAAGUCAACAGAUGUUUAUCGGGCGAGCGAACAAAAAAGAGCAAGAAGAAUCGCGAGACAGGCCUGGAGCGCCGGGCUAGGAUCGAGGCAGUUUGGGCGAAGAUGGACGAUGGCGACUACUCGGCAUUGGAGAGGUUCACCAAGCGGAAUUGA